AUGUCAAAUCAAGGAACAGUGAGUAAAUCACUCUCGGAAGCAGAAGAAGAGUUAUUUGCGGAAUGGGCUGAAGAAGAAGAACGUUUAAAAACAACAACACCACCGCCUGAAAAAGCCUCCUCUGCACAACUAGCUUCGGAUAAGCUGGACCAAGAAGAGAAGGAACGAAAGGUUGAUGAUGAUGAAGAAGGCUCAUCCUCCUCAUCAUCGGAUCUUGAAUCAAAAACAACAAAUCAUUCAAAAAAUCAUGCGAGAUCAAAGAAGAAACGAAAAGUGGAGCAUCUAAAUGUUGAUACAGCAACAGCGAUGGACACUUCAUCUGCUGAUGCUCAGGCUUCUCUUGAUUUGCCAAUCACUCCGACCUAUCCAGGAGUAAAUUUACCCUCUGUGGAGCCAGAAAUCAAGGAAGAAUAUGUGAAGAAGGAUGAAUAUGAUAAAUUAAUCAAUUCACAUACGGAAACAAUUAAAAAAUUGAAGAAUGAUUAUAAAUUAAUGGCUGACAGAUAUAAGAAGGAAAUUGAGCGUUUAAAGAGUGAAUUAACCACCCUAAAGCAGAAAAAGCCUUAA